AGAAGGAGAAGAACCAGCAGGCGAUGUGAUGGUGGUGUACUGGUAGGAAUAUAUCAGUUUUAUAAGAGUGAGAUGGUGGGAAGGGUUUGAGAACUCUGGUAUAUGAAAGAAUACGGGUCCACACGGGUGAUUUUGUGGUGUACUUAUCCAUCACCACGAACGCCGCCGCGGUACAGAAACACGAGUGCGAUAAGCGAUAGCAGCGGCACCAAGAAAAGGCGACAGAUUUGACAUCAGAUAACGUCCAGAUAAGGGAGAAUGACUACUAGUUGUUCUGAAGCCGUGACGAAAGGUGGCUGUGCGUGUCUCCGUCGAACGAACCACCCCUAACCCACGUCCUGUCCUUGCCGGGAACUCCCGCAGAAGGGGUACCGGAGGGAGGGGGAGUGCUUUGUGUGCCUCGCUAGUUGUGUGCAAGAGUUGACGCCCCGUGAGGCAGGUCUGAGUAGGGCAGUCAAUAUGCCUUCACAGGACGAGGCCACUUAUGAUGUGCCGCGGCCCUUGGUGGCCAUCCAGGAGGAGGACUACUACAUGUCCCCAAAGGCUGACCCGGUACCCGUCAACUCCAGGCCCGCUUCCUCCAGUAGUUCAGAGGGAGUGGUGGAAGUGAUCAAAAUGACGAACUGCAUCGCCCGCGCUCUUUACGACAACGACGCAGAAUCUCCUGACGAGCUGGCCUUCAGGAGGAACGACCUGCUGACGGUGCUGGAGCAGAACACGGCGGGGCUGGAGGGGUGGUGGCUGUGCUCCCUCCGUGGGCGACAGGGCAUCUGUCCAGGCAACCGGCUUCGCAUCCUGCCCGGGGUUUACGAUACAGGCUCGGGGGUCACCAGUCUGUCCGGCCUCGUGCCCCGCCCCGGCGCCACCAGCCCCGGGCCCCGCACCCAGAGGCCAACGUCCAAUAAGGUGGUGACCCCGCGGCGUGUGGGGGACGUUUACACCUACGAUACACCCCGGGCCCUAACACAAGCUUCCCACCUUGACUACGAUGUGCCGCCCUCCAAGCACUCCACCAUAGACACAAGUGGUUCUCGCCUGUCACGCAGCAGCAGCCUUCGCUAUGAUGCUCCACGGUCUCACGUGCGCUCCUCUCUUGACCAGUAUGACAUCCCACGCUCCCAGUAUGACUCACCCAAGAAUCGGCCUCUGUACGACUCACCCAAGGCUCAGCAGCAUUAUGACUCCCCAAGACCCCAUCCUGAAGGCCAGCGUAUGGGUGGCGGAGUGGUGCGCAGCAUGAUCAAGGGUAUACGAGGGGGAAUGCCUGCCACAGUCACACCAGGAGACAACUUGCAGGAGUAUGAUGUGCCAAGGCCCACCAAUACCAACCAGGAGGUUCAGCACGACAUGCCACCCAGUGACAGAUCGAGUGGAGUGUCAGUCAUGUCCUGUGAGUCAUCCCAGCUGUCAACCUCUUCUUCAGCUUCCUCUUUGGCACCCUCAGAAUCCCUGUCUCUUUCCUCCUAUGGUGGAUCCUCUAACCGCUCCAGCUUGGAGUCCCAUGAUGUGUAUGACAUUCCCCCAGAACCAAGAAAAGUGGGCUCACAGCGCCCAAAGCUACCCCCACGAGAAGGAAAAGACUUAAAGGAUGCUUAUGACGUUCCUCGAAACGUGCUGGCAGCAGGAAGUGAAAUGUAUGACACGCCUCCCUCCAGGAUGCCACGUUCACUGGUGAUUAGAGGCACUGGUGGUGAGGGAGUGUAUGAUGUGCCACCACAGGUCAGUCGAGACGUCCGCCAGCAGGAUUGUGUGGACUCGGCACCAAACAGACUCUCCUCAGGUUCAGACUCAUCAGGAGGAGAAAUAGACUUAAGUUACGGGAAGGACCUUCCUUUAGAGUAUGACUCUGCUCUAGAAACUUUAGUCAAGUUGCAGCAGGAGGUUUACAGCGCCAUAGAAAAACUUUCCUUAGUGCACAAAAAUGCAUCAUGGCGAGCCAAAGACACCAUGGAGGAGCGUGAGGAGGAACUCAAGAACUUAGUGUCCAGACUUCUGCAGUCUGUCACUGCAAUCAGUGAAUUUGGACAAGGUUCAGUCAUCAAUGCUUCCCAGAAUGGCGAAAGAGGGAUUGCCAGACGGCUGCAGCGCCUCAUAGAGCCUGUGAAUAAGAUUGCAUCCAUCAUAGAGGAGUCACUCACAAGAAUACGCAAGGGUGCAUGGAGGGCAGCUCUCACCUGUGGGACCAAUCCAGAGAACUUCAAUCAGCUGGCCACCAUUGCUCACUCCCUUGUGGAUGAUGUACACCUCCUGGCCAAUACCAUUCAGAACAAGGGUAUGUUCAUCUUCAAGAAGUCCCCAGCUCUAGACACUUCUGGUUACACACGGCAGCAGGGGAUUGAUGACGAGGAAAAGACUCCAGUCCAGGAGAGACCUCUACCUGAUCUACCUAAUAAGAAGCCCUUUGAAAACUUGUACGAGAAUGAUACCAAAAAUUGGCUCGAGGACUAUGACUACGUCAACCUUGAGACUCGAGCGACUGUUGAACGAGAGCACGAGGACAUCAAGAAGGAACUGCCAGCUGAUCUGCGAAAGUCUUUUGAUAACUUAGUGAAACAGUCACAACUGAUUGUUGACAGUGAUCAUGAAAAGGUCAUCCAGAAAAGUGACCAGACUCAGAUCAGUGUCCAGAAGCGAGGUGGCAACAACACUCUUGAUCCCAAUGAUAAACAGGUCAUCAAUUUCUAUGGAAGCCAGAGUGAGGUGCACCUCAAGCAUCUCAAUACAGCCAUUGAUGCCUUCCUCCUCACCAUUGAGAAUAACCAGCCACCCAAAGUCUUCAUUGCACAUUCCAAAUUUGUCAUCCUUAAUGCACACAAGCUGGUCUACAUUGGUGACACUGUCCACAGAACUGUUGUCAACCCUGAAGUGAGGACACGAGUUCUUAACUGCUCCAAUGCACUCUCUGACCAAAUGAAGCACACAGUGACAGCAGCCAAGACUGCAGCACUCCAGUUUCCUUCUGUAACGGCCGUUCAAGCAAUGGUGGAUUCCUUUGUGGCUGUCUCCCACCUAGCCAACAACCUCAAGCAAGCAAUCUCAGUGACUCCUAUCUGAAGACAAAUUAGAGCCACUCUAGCUCAGUCUCUUGACACGGACACGCUUCACACCCACAGUGCCACAGGCCAUGGAUGUCCUAGGCCCUCUCCUAGGUGCUACAUUGGAGGCAAGGGUUGUGCCAGUGCAGAGGAGAGGCAGCAAGGCCAACGUGCGGGUAACGUAGGCCAAUCUAAGGCAUUGAGGAACUAUCAAACCUACCUUAGAGAGUUAUCAGGGAAGUGUAUUUUGAGUUCAGUCAAAUGUUUCUAUUUUUUUCUAAGUUUGCAUAAAAAAGCUGAAACAAAUAUUUUUGCCAAGUUACUUUGGGACUAUAUCUGUACAUUGUUUUUAAUGAAUAAUUUAUGUGUUUCUCUCAGAAGGCCAAUAGUUAGAAAUUGCUUUUGUUAUAUUUGUCUGAAUUGUUACUUUUCCUCACAAAGUGUUUGUAUAUAUUGUGCUACAAUUGAGGUAUUUAUUUAUAAAACAUAGUAUUCUGAUUCCUAGAGUUAGUCUGUCUCUGCUGAGUUUCAUGACCAACACCUACAAUUGGGUUACUGCUAUUGGUUGAUGACUGCACUUGGAAGUCAUUUUAAGAUUAGAUUUUUCUCACAAGCAAGCACUUUUGGAGCAAGGCCUUGUUGUCCAAUACCCAAGCUAUCCUCCCUUAGCCUUCCCUGUUAUACCUCGGAAGCAUCCACAGAAAUAAAGUGUGAUAUAUAUAUAUAUAUAUAUAUAUAUAUAUAUAUAUAUAUAUAUAUAUAUAUAUAUAUAUAUAUAUAUAUAUAUAUACUAUAUACAUAAGUACAGCAUAGCUGCUUUUCUGUCUAGCGAGUUUGCUCAGUCUGUCUUUUUGAGUAUCUUAUAAAGCUAAGUGUUCCCUCUGUGUCUAGGACAACAAAACAUGCCCACUGCUGCCUACACUGUGUGGAAAAUAUAAUCCUAAAUGUUAUAUCUUGGUUUUGUCCUGAUGUAGGCCACUGUCAGGUGGGUGGAUGGCCAACUCUCACCAGUAUCUUCCAGUUUCUGUUAAGGUGAACCAAGUUGACUUCCACUUGUUACAGUCAAUAUGGUGGAAUUCUAAAUUCCCAGGCUGUGAUUUUAGUGUUUAAGUAAAAGAAUAAUUUUUAAUUUCUUAUUAUUUGUAAAUAGAAUUUAAAAUAAAUCAAUACGCCACUGUACAUAGCAUAAGAGGGUCGACCUGUUGCUGUGACACUGCUGAACGUGCUGCUGAGCACCAGGCAGCAUCAAAGAAACCAGUCAGGUGCCCCAGCAGCCUAAGCCUUCAACCACACACCAAUCAAAAAGGAAGUGCUAUGGCGAGUGCUAUGCUUGACCGGUCCUAUUGCUUCUUAGCCAGAGCUUAGUCAGUGUCCUGCCAGAGUGUAGGUGUAUCCAAGCCAUACUUCGCUCUCUCAACAUUGAUGACCCCAACCCCUACCCAGCAAUUAGUGUGCACAAGGACCUGCCAGACCCAGACGUGCCCAUGACCCAAGUGUUAAUUACCACCACCUGUCCACUGCCGCUUCAUACUGCCAGCAGCCACCACUCACAUGCGCCAUUGAGUGAGUGAGUACGAAUAAGAAUAUGAAUCACGUAGGUAUUUCCUAUGCAGACAACACCCUUAAGAAUGGUAGUGUCCCUGUGUACCCUUUCUACCCCUUGUGGCGCUUACAGGCACUCCCCCUACUGGAGUCACUGCAGGGGUAGCACUGUGCCUCCUGCUGACACCUCGCUAUGCAAAGACUGCCUACUGCCCCAAGCAGGCAAUGAAACCCAGCGAGGAGCCAUGCAGGGCUUGGAGAAAGACAUUUUGAGACGAGUUGGCCAAUAGAGGCCUUUUUACGGCUCCCUGUAUCCUGUCCUUCAUAAGAUGCUUGAAUGGUGCACGCGUGCGUUCACACACACACACACACACACACACACACACACACACACACACACACACACACACACACACACACACACACACACUACAUAGUGUAGUGGUAAGGGUAAGCACACUCAGCUCACAACCGAGAAGGCCUGGGUUCGAAUCCUGGGUGUGGCAAGGCAAAUGGGUGAGCCUCUUAAUGUGUAGCCCCUAUUCACCUAGCAGCAAAUGGGUAUGGGAUGUAAUUCAAAGGGUUGCGGCCUCACUUUUCCGGUGUGUGGAGUGUGGUGUGGUCUCAGUUCUACCCAAAAAUUGGUCUAUGAGCUCUGAGCUCGAAGACUGGCUGGGUGGCCAGCAGGCAAAUGUGACACACACACACACACUCAAACACACUUCUCCAUAUAUGUUAAUCUUUGUGCACAGUGUUUUUUUAACAUAAUGGUGUGUGUGUGUGUGUGUGUGUGUGUGUGUGUGUGUGUGUGUGUGUGUGUGUGUGUGUGUGUGUGUGUGUGUUUUGACCUCUUGUGUUUUUGUACCUAAAUUUGAUAUGUAAUGUACUUUAACAUGCCAACACCAUAACCAGGUUAAUAAAACUGUAUGUCUAAA